GACUUUAGAUACAAUUUCCCCACCUCUUCAAAGCAAAGCUACAUAAAUCCUCCACUGAAUCUUAUCAAAGCAUUCCAAGAUGUAUGGAGCACGAACGUCUAGUCGACACUUCAGACCAAACCCUCGAUAUCCAAGAGAUCCACGCGCUCGGCUUCGUAGACCUCAAUGGCAUGGUAAGGGAUACCGUGAAUAUGGAAAUAUAUUGUUCUUUCAACUACAUCGAUCCUGUUCUUCUGGUCGCGGAUUCAGUCGCUACUUCGAGUCCCAUGAGACAGCAAAUAUGCAUGAUCUCCUCGAUGGCAUCGAGAGUGCACUAUCUAGAGAGUAUCAACUGCCGGAGAAUUUACACUUAGAAUUUUUUCUUCGCAGAACACAGAUCAUAGGUGAAGAUGCAUUGGUCGGAAGCGUGUUUGAUGGAGGAGAAACAGUGUAUGCUAAGGUCUUUGACAAUUAUGGCGUCGAACUCGUCGGAAUUGGAUUGUUUGAUAAUAUAUGGCAGGCAAAGGAAAGGAGGGGUGGACAAUGAGAGUCAAUGUCGAGCUUGGUGAGCUGGGUGGACUGGACUGUAAGAAAAUGAUGUUGGGGUGGAUGGGAGUCAAACCCUUAAGAAAUUCAAUUUUUAUUUUGUAAUUUGUAGGCUA